UCUGAGCCAGACCAGUCUGCCAGAACAGCCGUUCAACGCCGCCCCUGCGUCCAAGCUUUUCAACCAAGCACGCAACAGCCACCACGCGGCCUGUGAGCAGCCCACGGACAACAUGGCUACCACCGUCAACUACAAGGACAGCAUUCAGGCUGCUCAGCCCCCGGCUCCCGGAGUUGUCAGCGAUAAGGAGGAUGACAACCACUCCUCCCAGGGCUCCUCUAACAGCGAGACUGUCGGCGAGAUCAGCCAGCUCGAGAAGCAGGGCAACGCCCACUUCAAGCGUCUUGGAUGGAAGCGUCUCACGGUCGUUCUCAUCGUCGAGGCCAUCGCUCUCGGCAGUCUGAGCAUGCCCGCCGCUUUCGCCACACUGGGCAUGGUAGCUGGUGUCAUCCUGACGGUGGGACUCGGCCUCAUCGCCAUCUACACCAGUUACGUUGUUGGUCAGGUCAAGCUCAAGUUCCCCGAGGUCUCGCAUUACGCCGAUGCUGGCAGACUCAUGUUCGGCAAAGUCGGUUACGAGAUUGUAUCGGUCAUGUUUGUGCUCCAGCUCACCUUUUUGGUCGGUAGCCACUGCUUGACCGGCACAAUCGCGUUCCUCAACAUCACUGGCAACGGCGCUUGCUCUCUGGUCUUUGGCGUAGUCUCUGCCAUCAUCUUGCUGAUUGUGGCUAUCCCGCCAUCUUUCGCCGAGGUCGCCAUUCUUGGCUACAUCGACUUCGUCUCAAUCAUUGCUGCCAUUCUCAUCACCAUGAUUGCCACCGGCAUCACCCGCGGCGAGCACGCCGCCGAUGUUGCCGCUGCGGUACCCUGGUCGGCCUGGCCCACGGAGGAUCUCACCUUCUCCAAGGCAUUUGUUGCUAUUACCAACAUUGUCUUCGCUUACAGCUUUGCCGUUUGCCAGUUCUCCUUCAUGGACGAGAUGCACACUCCCAAGGACUUUGUCAAGUCUAUCUGGGUUCUUGGUAUCGUCGAAAUCAUCAUCUACACCUUGACUGGUGCGGUCAUCUACUACUCGGUCGGUGCUGGUGUCAAGUCGCCCGCUCUGCUGUCUGCCGGCCCGCUCAUCUCCAAGGUCGCCUUCGGCGUUGCGCUUCCCGUCAUCUUCAUCUCGGGUUCGAUCAAUACCACCGUUGUUACCCGUUACAUUCACGGACGUGUCUACAAGAACUCUGUCGUUCGCUUCAUCAACACCCCCAAGGGCUGGACUACCUGGCUGGCUCUCGUCAGCUUUAUUACCCUCAUUGCCUGGGUCAUCGCCGAGGCCAUUCCGUUCUUCUCUGAUCUGUUGUCAAUCAGCUCGGCGCUCUUCAUUUCCGGCUUCACCUUUUACUUCCCGGCCAUCAUGUGGUUUAUGCUGAUUCGGGAGGGCUCGCUGUUUGAGAAGAAGAACUUGGCCAAGGGAAUCUUCAACUUGCUCAUCCUGAUCAUUGGUAUUGUUGUCCUUGUUGGCGGUACCUACUCUGCCAUUGUCGACAUUAUCGAAUCUUACGAGUCAGGCAAGGUCCGUGGCGCUUUCACUUGUGCGCCUUUCGAGUAAGCGACCCAGCAGAAUGGUACCCAAAGAGUACCGGCUUUACGAAAACGCGGCUGCGCGCUUGCUGGCGUACCGAUGUUGUGUAUCUGUUUCAAGUUUGUUCUAAGAGUAUGGCGUUAUUCAUUCAUCGAUGCCAAAGCAAUAUCCCUCAGCCUUGGAGGGUUACCAUUACAACUGGAGUUUGGUUGGCCAGCAUAGCAUUGUGAUACGGUGUUUGGGGUUCUGACAAUGUUACUUUGUCGAAAUGGUAAUGAAGGGAUUUAUCAUGCCGUCUCUGUAUUCGUGGCAAAGCGUCCUGUGUUGUUGUCGUGGUAAUUGUCCUGGUAGUGGUGAUCCCUCUAAAUGUCACAUUGAAUGAACCAAUUCCACCAUGGACCCUACAACAUGAUAUUUAUACCUCGAAGGUAACGCAAAUCUAUUACUACAACUUGUCAAAACGACGCCCUUGAGACCAUCGAAAGUACCUUCUAG